UACACCAAAACCUGACUGCACUAAGCCUCCAAAAUUAUUACGUUACAGUUUGUGAGAGCAGAAACUUUAUGUCAAAAGCAAAUACAAUGACCUAAGCGGAGAAGAUAACAAAUUAUUAAUACCUCUCGAUCGGUACAAAGAUCUUACGAGAGAGUAAACACUCAGGCUAGACUAGAUAGUACGUUUCGGACUUUCCCUCCUUGUGAGUUUCUUUAUAUUUGUAAUAUCAAUCUAUCAAAAUCGCUUGAUUAUAAUUUAAAAACGCCAGUUAUAAUUAGAGAAUCCUUGUUUCAAUAAUUAUUGGACUUAAGCUACGGACUGGACAAGAGCUAAAAAUUACUUAGAGACCUUCCCCUCUCUUCUCGGAUAGGUAUCUUUUUUCCUCAGUAGAAUUCACUGUUCACUGAGAAAAACAGUUUAUAACCAGCACCUCAAGUCCUUGGUAGAAUAUCAACUUUGAUACCAAGGGCUUUAUCUACCAUUCUAGAGUGGAACAAGGUUGUCAUAGAACGCGAAAGCAGAUAAGUAUAGUACCCAAAAGUUUUAGAGGCACCCAGGUAAACCGAACAGCCAAUUGAUACAUGCAAAUAAGCAGUGAACAAACUAUUAAAUAUAAUACAAGUAUCCGACUAUUAAUUACUUUAUUGAUUACAUGCUAAUCCAACAUUUGUAGUAUCAAACUUUUUUUGUGGUUAACUAUGCCUUAUAAGGAAUAAAGUUAAAGAUCAUUAGUUGAUACAUAAUAAUUGGAAUACCUCCUACACAAAUAAUAUUUUUAAAAUUUACUUUCUAAGAAAUAAAACAGGACUAAUGUAAAAGUCUAGUGUCGAAAUUCAAGAGAAAAAAAAUUAGACUACAUUUAUCACGUUUAUUAUUAAUAUAUUCUUUAUAGAUAUCACAUACUAUUGAUUGUCUUUUCCUGGUUCAUUCUCAAAUCAAAUAUAUUCUCACAUUUAAAACAAAAAAAAUUAGCCUUUUUUUUCAACCAUGAUUGUUUACUUUGCAAUAUUCAAUAUUAUACAUAUAUCUGAUACUUAGGAAGGUGGAAUAAUUAUUUUAAAUAAUUUUGAAAUGGAAAAUUAAUAUUGCUUUUACAGGAUUACCGAUUUCAAAUCUUAUCAAAGUCAAAAGGUCACUUGCCCCCUCUCAUAAUAUCACUGCCUGAGUGCCUAGCUUGUCAAUUGUUAGAAUAUUGUUGCUGUGUUGAGAUCAAGGUUGAAGUCUCAUCUCUUAAAUUGAUAUAAUUUAUCGAGAAAGAUGACUACUGAUAAAAAGAAGUUACCGAAUCUGAAAUCUAUACAACGUAUUUCAAAAAUACCAGUAUUAGAGACAAGCUUCAAUAUUGCUACUGGAAUAUACGGUAAACUUAAGCAUUCCAAUAGGCUUAUGGAAUGGGGUUUUGGAACUGUUGAAGAUGUGACGAAUUAUGCUAUUGAUACUUCAUUGAAUGCUUUACCAGUGCUAGAAUUACCAUUGACUGUAAUGGACAACAUUGUCUGCAAAGGACUGGAUACUGUUCAGCAACGUGUUCCAGCAAUAAACUAUCCCCCAGAAAAGAUAUUGACUAAAACCAAAAGUUAUGUAGCAGAAAAUAUAGUACAGCCCGUACUCAAAAGAGCAGAUUCUGUAAAACAGUUAGGACUUAACGGUGCAGAACUGGCUGCAACACGUAUAGACACUGCUCUCGAUGUCGCUGAUAAAUACGUUGAUAAAUAUUUACCAGAUGCAACGGAUGUAGACAAGAAUGAAGUACCAGAUAAUUCUGGAGCGAGUAAGAGUGUUCAGACUAUUGAACAUGUGAAUCGUCUAUCGAGAAAGCUUCAGCGACGUCUGACAAAAAGGACCAUUGCUGAGGCCAGGGCUCUUCGUAGGCAAGGAUUGGAUACUGCUAAAAUUAUACUGAAGUUAGCUGAAAUGAUGGUAAAAGAUCCAAAACAAUUUGCAGCCAAUAUGAAGGCAUUGUGGGCGCAUCUAAGCGAAGAUGAACCAGAAAAUCAGAUACCGCCUGCCAAUUUAGAACAGCUUAUCGCUAUGAUUACCAGGGAGGCCGCUAGAAGAGUUGUUCAUUUCACUAACUUUUCAGUUUCUACUGCGUAUAAGCUCCCCGGCUACACUGCACAAGCUGUUCAUGUAAUCACACAUGAAACUAAUAAAAUAAUCAAUCAGCUUUUAAAGACCAUCCAUCUUGAAGGAGCUAAAGCAUUCGCCAUCACCAGGGCUCAAAUACAGCUACAAAAUCUGAAUUCAACAGUAAGAGAUGUUCAACAAUUGAUAGAAAAUACCCUGUCUAAACUACUGAACAGAAGAGAAAUCAAGAAAAAGUUUCAAGACAACUCUAUACCGUUACAUACAUUAUCACCAGUCGCUCAGAGUCCAGAACGUACACCUGAAAAUCAACCAGAACCAAACACUGAAAUAAAUGAGAAGCCCAAAACCGAUAAAACCAUUAAGCAAGCAGAAAACACAGAGGAGCAGCCCAAACAAAAUGAUAAUUCUAAUCAACAAAAUCAAAAUAAACCAACUCAAAAUCAACAUCAUAAGUCUCCUAAAAAACAAAGUAGAUCAAAAUCAAACAGUGUAUCCUCUCCUGAAAGUAGUGAUUUCAACCGGAAUAAUCAACCGGUUGUAAAUGGCGAAGUCCAAAAUAAUACCGAAUAGAUUAUAGUAAUAUCUCUCUGUGAAAUAUACUUGGGGAUUUUAAUAUUUUAAAUUUAUGUGAGACUGAUACUUAAUUAUAUAUUUAAUACAUUUUAUAAUUUAUAUACUUUUGGUAAUGAUUUAACCAUAUCAAAAAAAAAAAAAAAAAAAAAAAUUAAAGAAAGCUAGAAUUUCCUUAGAAAGGUGCUUUUUAUACUGUUUCAUGUCUAAAUAAAUGUUAAUGUCUUGUCCGUGAUGCAAUUUUAAUUGUUUUGUUUUCUUAAUCUAAUGAAACUGUCACACAAAAAAAAAAAAAGGAAUAAGUUAUUGGGAAGGCACAAUUUUACUUCAUUAAAAUGUAUUUUUCAAUAUUUAUUUCGAUAAGCAAGUAUAUAUUUAUUUAAAACAUUCCUCGAUUCAUGUAUAUUUCAAUUACCAACAUAUUUUUUAUAAUUACAACUUUUAAUAAUAAAAAAAAAUUAUUGAUUUCUCAAAUUAAAUAUUGCUAACAAUGUAAUAUAUUUUAUUAUGCUUCUUAACUAUCUAUAACUAUUUUUAUUUAACAAUAAAGGUGAACAUAGCUUGCUAAUUAUAAAUAAAGUAAAUAUAUUUUAUAAAUAAGGUUGUCAAUUGUAAAAAUGACUAAAUAUAUGUGUAAUAAUAUUAUUAAAGUAACAAUACCCAGACUACAUGUACAAUGGGGAAAGUUAGAAGGAACUAACUAUAGUAAAAAUGUUUAGAUGUUCAUAAAUAUAUGUAUAAAUAAAUAUGCUUUUUAUAAAUAAGUUUGCCUUUACAAUUGAUGAAUAAAGGUUAUUUCUCUCAAAAUA